CGGGACGAGCUACAUCGCGCAUGCUCAGUACAUCAUCCUCCUCGGUUACUUUGUGGUAAUGGCUGCGAGGCGAGAUGAGCGGAUCGGCCGCAUCCUUUAAGCGUGAGGCGCUUCCAUCGAGAGGACCGUUACCUCGGGCGGCGCCGAGUUAAAAUGGUCGAUAUCCGACCGGAAAAGCAUCCCAAAACCGUUGUACACAUUGCGAACAUCUUCAAAUUGCGCCAGCUGUUCCCAUCUUGUCUUAGAGGUCAGUUCUGCCUGCUGAUCAGAGGUUAAGCUGAGGCCAUGGCAGUGAAGGACCGCGUUGAGUCGGUGCUCAAUGUGGGGCUGCGUGUUCCCAGCAUCAUGCUGCUGGAUGUCCUGUACCGCUGGGACGUCAGCUCCUUCUUCCAGAAGAUCCAGCGUUCCAGCCUGUCCAACAACCCCCUGUUCCAGUACAAAUACCUGGCCCUGUACCUGCACUACGUAGGUUACAUCCUGAGCCUGGUACUCUUGACUCUGCCUCGUCAACACCUGGUUAAACUCUAUUUGUAUGUCCUCACGGCUCUGCUGCUGUUCGCAGGUCACCAAGUCUCAAGGGAUUAUGUCCGCAGUGAACUGGAGUCUGGCUUCGAAGGACCUGUGUACCUGGAACCUCUCUCCAUUAAUCGAUUUACCACUGCACUCAUUGGUCAGCUGGUGGUGUGUACGCUGUGUUCCGGUGUGAUGCAGACCAAGAGGAUUUGGCUUUUCUCUGCUCACCUCCUCCCUCUGGUGGCCCGACUGUGUCUGGUCCCACUGGAGACCAUCGUUUUCAUCAAUAAGUUCUCAAUGAUUUUCACUGGGCUGGAGGUCAUCUACUUCCUGGCAUCUAACUUGUUGGUACCGUACAACCUGGCCAAGACGGCCUACAGGGAGCUGGCCCAGGUGGUGGAAGUGUAUGGGCUGCUUGCUCUGGGUAUUUCUCUCUGGAACCAGCUAGUCCUACCAGUACUCUUCAUGUGUUUCUGGCUACUGCUGUUCGCAUUGCAGAUCUACUCGUACUUCAGCACCAGAGACCAGCCUACCUCAAGGGAGAGGCUCCUUUUCCUCUUUCUCACUAGUAUUGCAGAAUGUUGUAGUACACCAUAUUCCCUUUUGGGUCUGGUUUUCACCGUCUCUUUCAUUGCUCUGGGAGUUCUUACACUCUGCAAGUUCUACCUGCAAGGUUACAGAGCCUUCAUGAAUGACAACACCAUGCACAGGGGGAUGACGGAAGGCAUCACGCUACUGAUCCUCGCUGUCCAGACUGGCCUCAUCGAGCUCCAGGUCAUCCACCGAGCCUUCCUCCUCUCUAUCAUCCUCUUCAUUGUCGUUGCGUCUAUCCUGCAGUCCAUGCUGGAAAUAGCCGACCCCAUAGUCCUGGCUCUGGGAGCGUCAAGAGACAAGAGUUUGUGGAAGCACUUUAGAGCGGUGUCUCUGUGUCUGUUCCUGCUGAUCUUUCCGGCCUACAUGGCUUACAUGAUCUGUCAGUUCUUCCACAUGGACUUUUGGCUACUCAUCAUCAUCUCCUCCUCCAUCCUCACAUCACUGCAGGUUCUUGGCACUCUGCUCAUCUACAUUCUCUUCAUGGUUGAAGAGUUUCGUAAGGCUCCGGUGGAGAACAUGGAUGAAGUCAUUUACUGUGUCAAUGGGACGUACAGAUUUCUGGAGUUCCUGGUGGCGGUGUGUGUCGUGUGCUACGGUGUGUCGGAGACGGUGUUUGGGGAGUGGAGUGUGAUGGGCAGCACCAUCAUCCUGGUCCACUCGUAUUACAACGUCUGGCUCAGAGCCCAGCUGGGCUGGCAGAGCUUCCUUCUCAGGAGAGAUGCUGUGAACAAGAUCAAAAGCCUCCCCACGGCCAGCAACACCCAGCUGGAGCAGUACAACGACAUAUGUGCUAUCUGUUACCAGGACAUGAACAGCGCUGUGAUCACCCCAUGCAGUCAUUUCUUCCACGCUGGCUGUCUGAAGAAAUGGCUGUAUGUCCAGGAGACCUGCCCCCUCUGUCACUCGCAACUCAAGAGCCUAUCACCCACCACCAACCAAGACGCCCCUGCAGCCAAUCAGAGCCCCGCGGGCCCAGAGGAGGCCCCGGCCGUCAAGAAGGCGAAUGAGGAGGGAACAGCCGAGCAGGGGGGAGUUAACGGACCUGCCUCGCCAGCUGGAGAAACUGCCUCCUCGUCCGGUGUGGAGUCUACUCCCCAGAACCUGGCCAAGACUCCACCUUCCUCUUCAACUGGGGAACUAGUGACUGAAUCUCUGACGCGGUCGCUCACAUACGGCGCUGCUUCGUCUUCCACUUCCUCCUCUGCCACAUUGGACCUGCUCCCCUCUCAGCAGGCCCGGGCGGAGAUGACCCCCGCUGAACCUGACCCCGCCCCUCAAUUAAACCGAGGCUUCUUACUGGACAGAAAGCAGUCGCCUAGUGUUCCAUCAUCACAGUUUGACCAUCCCACCUCCCCUCCCUCCGAGGCACAGUCUCCUCCUUCAUGCAGCCUUUGAGCCUCAUUGUAACGCACACACAACACAACAUACGUUCAUGCACAUGUAAACACACAACCUAAAGACUCCACCUGAUAAUAGGGUUACAAAAAAAGGUUGAGACUCUCCAUGGGAAUUAACAAGUUACGGAAUAAUUAACUUAUUACAGCAGUGAAAGUAGGAUCUACAGUGUUUACAACUCGGGGGUGGGACGGACUGGCAAAUUGAGUGAGUUGAGACUUUAAUAAUAUCAUACAUUAAAGUAAUUACUGCAAAUAAGAGGCUCAGCAAUUAAAACAUAGUUCAAAACGAGAUGUUUGAAAUGCAGCACAUGUAUUUCUUUGCAGAGGAUGUAGCUAGCUAUUGUUAACUACUUUUUUUUUUUCAACCCAACCUAAAAUUUCAAAUGAAAGUAUUCCUCCAUCACAUGUAUUGUUCUCAACUAAAUUUAAGGUAAUGUUUUUUCAAAAAAGUAAACCGUCAAAAUUGCAAAAAUUCCUGAGCUUAACUUCCCAUGGACAGUUUCUCUGAGAGAAAGAUAUCCACAACGAAUCUCACCAGAUAUCCAUCAGUCCACAUACAGAAAUACAGACGAUUGUCUCUCUUUUGUUCUAGCUCACCUAAAUAUGUUCAUUUUCCAUUCAACAUAAAAAGAGGGUAACAGCAAAUUAAAUAGUUUGCAGGCCUACAUCAGGUCUAGAAGAAACCGAAGUACCAAGUCCCAGUUAGCUUCGACAUUGAUAUGAGACCAACAAUGACAUUUCUCUGAUCCUUCUUUGGCCCCUCUCCUUUCAUGGGAUGGCUGCUCCCAUCACGCCUUUUGUUUGUGAAGCGUCACUACCACUGCUGUACAUUUUUUUUAGUAUUUGCAUUUCGACUGUAGUCCUGUAUGUGCCAACAUCUAAUGAGGAAUGGGGUCAGAGGGUUAGAGCGCCUUUGCAGGCUACAGAUGAAGAGGUCUGCAGAUUUCUUACAGCUUUUGAUAAAGUUUUUGGUUUUCACUGUUGGAUGACGGUGGUUAUGUGUAUUAGUGAAUACACAGAGAAUUAGCAGGGACUGAAUGUUGUUUCGUGAGGCCGUCACGUGACCUGAAGCCCGGCGCUAAGCAGACGGUAUCCGGCGUGGUCUAUUUAAGUGUUGCAGUGUGAACAAAUCAAAGGGUUCACAUGGGAGAACUAAUUCCUUUCAUUUGUCAAGCUUUCUCCAUGAAGUAUGAAUUUCAUUCAAACUUGUUAGGCUGGUCCCAGCAAAAGAAAAAAAAAAAUCAUCGCCAAACUUUUGUAUUGCUGUUCAAGAGAUGCUAUUUUUAAGAUCAUUUUCACAUUAUGCGUUCGUCUCCCCCCUUCGUUCCUGCACCACAGAGGGGUUGCAAAUAAGGGAGCGUUGGGACCGAGGAGAGGGCUGACGUUGCAACGCGGUCGCAUCCCAACCUUCAGCGUGGGGAGAGUUUCUCUACGAGAUGCUGGACGUGGUGCAGGAGGCGAUCAUCCAUCGCUCCAUCCCGCCCCUCUUUAUAAACCAAUCCCCAUCAGAGCAGCCCAUCUCCCUCCUCCUGCUGUCACUUCACUCUGUUACUACCAGCAAAUUGAGUCACUUGAUGGGAGAGCUUUUUGUUUCUAGCACACUAUUUCUGUCAAAUCCUUUGUAGCCAGACGUGUGUGUGUGUGUGUUUGAAGAGUUUGUUGACUUCAAACUCGAGUGCCGAAUCCGGAUGCACGCUCACAUGUCGAGUUCGCACGCUGCCACCAUUACCACGGCAGUCAUUUGUUUUGUUUUUGUCCCAACGUGCACUGACCUUGCACCUACGAACCGCUGCGUGGGGUUGCAGUUGCACCAAUGUCAUUUAUACUAGCAACGCUCCAAAGCUGCUCUCUGGCUGUGAGCAACCAAAUAUCCACUGAUGUGUUUGUGUACGAGGAAACAGCCCAACCUGUUUGUGUGUAGUGUAUGUAAAUGCCACUCCGUAUUAAUUAACCCGGAGGAGUGUCGCUAUAUAAAUAAGAUCUGGGGGCGUGGCUUCCCCAAAGCUUCCCUGCGGUUCGAUGUCCUUGUGUGAACAUUUUGUUUUGGUGGAGGAAGCUUUGGGAGAAGCCGACCCUUCUGGUCCGUUAGACCCAGUGUUACGGGCUCGUCCAGUCUGCAUGACGCGUCCUCGAGCUGGUGUGAUCACUCCACUGAUAGGAGUGGGAUCAGCGCGGCGCCGACCGACAGGAGGCGCACCAGUUAGCCCUCAAAAGUAUUACUUACUACCGCUAUUACUAAAGGUCUUAUUACCAUGAAUGACUUUGCUGUUGCCGUGUGGGAAGCGUUGGCCACAGGGCAGAGAAUGAAUACAUAAUCCAUGUAGGAUCGAACCUGGCCAACGCUGUUCAACUGCGUUUGAGUUUUUAUAUAUUUUUUUCUUUUUUAAAGUAUGAAAUGUAGAGUAUGAUGUAUUUUGCACAUGUUACUCUGAAAGGAGAACAUAAGGACUUUCGGAAUUCUUGAACGAGUCAUUGUCAUUUUCUUAUCAUUGCCAUUUCUUUUCUUUUCGAAGUGCAACAAAGCACUUGAAAUGGGUACAAAGAUUCAAACCACCUCAUACACACUCGAGCUUUUCACCGUGCGGCAUUUGAACUGCGUCGAGGCGGAACCACCUGCCCUAUGAAAUGCUCCGCCAGAUCAGAACCGUCAUUGGCAUCAGCGUGUGACUUUUCAUUGUAUGACACGUUGGUAACGAGCUGACACAGAAGCCUGUCAGCUGCUCAUUCCAGCUGUCCCUUUUAUUUCGAAGGACCUGCGGUUGCCGUCACUCUCCGGGCGACGACCUGUGACACCUCUCUGUUAAACACACAAGUUGUAUAUUCUCAAACAAGGAAUAUCCAUCUUUGACCUUGUUGUUUGCAUUGCUAGGAUUUUUAGAUGUGAAACUGACUUCAUGUGAGACGCAUCAAUGACUGUUUGUUUGUUUUGGCAAGUUGUUCAUUGUGCCGAACAGACACCACCUGCCCUGCUCCACCCAUCGAGCAAACAUUUGGUUUCUACAGCAGCUCAGUUGUGAGCGUACCAAGUGUGUUACGGUCUUAAAGCGGUACAUUUGUCAUCCAUCUACACACGUGAUACGUUAUGUUCGCAUUUGAUUGACUUACUUGAUAGUUAAUCAACGUGCCGAGAUAAACUAAAUGUCCCAAUGUUUCUUGUACUGAAACCAGGAGGAACGACCACACCUGAAGUCAAUCUCUCAUCUGAAAUCCAGAUGUUUCUUGAACUCAUCAAGAUACUUUGCAAAAUUGACCACAUACCCCUGAAAAUGUUGACAAAGAAUCUAUAGCGGCCAAAGAGCUAUCUGACUGCAUAUUUCUUUUUGAAAUGCAUGGGUUGUGCAUUUUAGAAGGAGACAGGAAACUGCUGUCCGUCAUGUUGCCUCUGACUAACUAAUGACAGUUGGUCGUGUUUAGGGCUCCGCUGACCGAGAUGCUCGGCAGAGAUUUGUUCAUUUCUUUUAGUCUGAUACAUCUUUUUUUUUUUUUUUUUUUCACGUUCACAUCUCGGACCUGCUGGGUGAGACUGAAUGGCAGUCGCAUUCCACGGAGGGUUUCUGUGCCUGGCAUUGCCUUUGGUUAUUUUACAAAAAAAUGAAUGUCAGAAAUAAAAAUGAACCAUCCACUCUGGA